AACCGCUCGCGCACAUGAUCACGCGCACUCGACUUUGAUCUCGCGAUCUAUAAUAAAUAUAAUGUAAUAUAAAACCGUGCGUAUACUGGUUUUGCUUCUGUUGACUUCGUAAGGGUUUAGAAUAUCAUUGGGUAGAAAACGAGCGUGUCACAAGUGAGACUGAGACAACUAUAGCGGCCUUAGACGAAAAAGGAAGACCGGCCGAUGCCGACGUUCGCAUUCGAAAAAUUCAAAUUUCGAAUUUAUCGUUCCUUUACUAUUUCAGUUUAUAACCUGCCAGUGUUUUGUGUGUUAUUUUUAUUAUGGCAACACUUUAUUUUUAACGAGUAAGCAGUGAGUACGUGUUGCAAUUCCUACCGGUGUUCGUUGAGUCAUGCAAUUUUAGUGGCGUUUUAUCGUAAAUUGUGAUAAUUAUUAUAAGAGAUAGUACGUUCCUAAUAAUUAUCGACAGUAGCAUUGUUGUUGUGUUAGCUGGACGAGCUAUUCAAGAUUACAUCGAUAAUUUUUAAAACAAAAGAGAAUUUGAAGACAAAAUGAAGCUCUCCCUCCUCCUCCUCUGCGGCCUCCUGCCAUUCAUCAGGACAGAAGAAGAGAACCCAUUCCUGGACCUUGCUUCCUCCUUCAUCCAGAAUAUGGGGGAUGGGGGUGAUGGCAUGGGGGCGCUCGGCAGCAUUGUGGGCUCGCUGAUGCAGGGGCAAGAUGGAGGGAAUGCCGGAGAUGUUCUAUCAGGAAUUGGCAGCCUACUCAGCGGGCAAGACGGCAAAAUCGACCCAGCCAUGAUCGGCUCAAUGAUCUCCAUGUUCGCCCAGAUGAACUCCAACGAGCCCAAACAACGCCAGAAACGCCAAAACAACGAGAAGCCUGACAUGAACCUCGACAGCAUCCUUAGCAUGGCUUCCGGUCUCCUAGGCAACAAGAACGUGGCUUCCCUGCUUCCGGUGGUCAUGAACACGUUGAAUUCUCUGUCGAACUCGGAUAAUAAGGAGCUGGCUGAUGGACAUAAGGACCACGCUGAUUUUUUGCCGCCUUUCUUGGAGAAACUGCAUCUUUAUUGGGAUCUUUUCACCGAGUCCGAACUGGGAAAAGUGAUAUGGGAGAAAUCAGGCCUGAAGCGGGCCCUGAAAGCCUUCACCGGCCCCGACGGCAGCCUGAGCUUCGAGCUGAUGAUGAAGAGCUUCGAGAACCACUCCUUCAGGAGGCACUGGAUCAAGGCUGCCGCGAGAUACUUGACCGACCUGGUGAUGCAAAUCGCUAAGCCUGAGGUUUAUCAGAGGUAUAUCGGCGCCGCCGAAUACAUCAUCAACAGCUUCCUGGACGCGCAGGGCCUGCCGCGCAGCACCCACUUCAACGUGAAGGCGCCGGAGAAGUCCAUCACGGUGCUGCUCAACUUCGUGCUCAAGCGCUACCUCAACAUUGACGCGGAUGUCGCGUCCUACGUCAAACCCGCCGUGGAUUACUUGAAGCAAACUUUGAAGAUGGCUCAAACGACCUCCGCCAGCCUGGCCAGCCGCGGGGACUACAACGCUCUCGCGGACCGCGUGACAGACACACUCAACUUGGAGAUCAUUGAGCCAGUGUUGAGGGUGUAUCGCGCUUACAAGCAUUCUGUGGCUGCACCGCAUUGCCAAGAGCAUCUGAUGUGUCUGGUUAAUAGGCACCACGAUCAAGACAAGCAAGGACUACCCGGCUUCAAGGCGGGUCUCACAAAGGUAGCCAGUAUGGCGGCGUCGGCCGCGCUGAGCUUCCAAAAUGGAAAAGGAUUCUGGGACCUUUACAACGCGAUCCAAAGCGACGUCAACUGUGAGGCCAAGUACCCCGCAGACUGUGCUUCGUUCCACGAACACGAACUGAAAGUCACCACAGAAGUAUACCACAGUGAAUUAUAAACCAAUUUUUAUAAGUGGCAACACUCGCCGUCCAUGCUUAUCGAAUUUAAACCUUAUUAAUUAGGACAAGAGUCGAUAUUCGCUUGCAAGUUUUAGGUUUUUUAUAAUUUAAUGAAGUACAGGGAACACAGUGAAUUGAGAUUGUAACCUAUACAUAUUUAAUAAUAAUAUUUAUUAUUAUUUUAAUAAUUUAAAUCAUUAAUUUCAUUAUAAUAUAAUUUGAAAAUGUAUUUUUGAAUAUGUUGACUAUACAUAUUUUGAUUUCCCUUAGUUUUUAAAUGUAAAGUAAUAUUUAUAUGGUAAAUUUUACAUACGAUUACAAAGUCACUCAAAGGAAAUUUCCAAUCUACUUACAAAUCCUAUUUUUAAUAGGUUCGGAAGCAUUUUAUUACGUGACUGAAAUAAAUAGAUUUAAUUUAUGUACUAAGUUUUAAAGUACUUAAGGGUAAACUAUAAUUUUGCUGGACAUUGGUGCUAAAAUAUCACAUAUUUUCCUUUUCUGGUUCUUACUUAAGACCUUUACUCAUUUUCACACAUCCUAUAUUUCUCCUGUAUAAUCUCUACACAAUAUUGUUGUUUUCAACAUCUGCUUCGAUAAAGACAAGAUAUAAACAUUGUAGGUAAUUUCACGCAAUUAAAAAAAUCUUUAUUCAUCAUAUCAUUUGUAACAUUUUCUGAAACAUUAUUCUAAUUUUUUAAGGUUAUUUUCUUAUCUGUUUAAUUCUUAUUGAUUAAGUAUCAUAUUGAAUGGUCAAUCAACUUUUUGUUGAUGUUAUUCUAUUCCGUUGUCUCAUGAAAAAAUAUGUAACGUUAUGAAAAAUAAUGUCUUCAAUGUUUCAUACAUAAUCAUUUAAUCAAACAUACAUGUGAAUUUUUCAGUGGCCAAGUAGAUAUGGCCCACAAAAUGUAGCUAGUAAUUGCCGAAAAAUGUUAACUUUUGUAGAUGUUCUUUUAGUGCCAACUUUUGUUUAUUAGAUAUACAAUAAUUUUGUAUAAUUUAUAUCCCAUAAAAUAAUAGUAUUAACUCUGUAAAAAUUGCUUAUUAGUGUUCAAUUUUCACAUACCUACCUCUGCCUAAGUGUUCCAGGAGCUGUCCAAGAUACGUAACCAUGGUAACGACGUACAAAAUAAAGUUGAUUGACCUCAAAAUAUAUUUAGAUUCAUUUAUAAGCGGUUGUGAUCGUGUAAAUAUGUAUCAGUGUAUCCCGUCCUACAUUAUAUUAAGUAUAAAUAAAAUGGAAUAAAAUAAACAAUUGACUGAAAA